UCUCCCAUAGUAGCACCGUUAAUGUGCAUCGUGAGAUGCUAGCGAGCUGCGUUUAAAAAGUGUAGGUUGGUGUGGGUGUGCAUACUGCUGGGAGACAGCCGCACAAGUGAAAGGGUGAUGGCAAGGAGUGGAUGUGAUUUACAGUGAUCUUUUAACAAAUGGCUCUGUCCGAGGUGCACAAUUUGGCUGCGAUUAUCGCCAACAAUGGUUUUACUGUUAGCAAGAAUAACGUGGUUGAAUGCAACAUCAACAUGUUGGAACCGCGAAACAGUUAUCCAGCUGACAGAUGUAACACAGAAUAUAAUUAUUGGAAUUAUGACUUAAUGGAAUGUAAUACACAAAAAAAUAUGAAUAUAGAAGAUGAAGAUAGUCAGGAUUUAAACAAUCCUAUGGUCAAUGAUUUAGUGUCAAAGAUUCUUGAUGAUGAUUCAAUUGUUGGUGACAAUGCUCACAAUAAUAGCUAUAGUGGCAAUAUUCAAUAUCAUUCAGAUACUCAAUCUUGUAUCAUGGAGAACAAAAUGGAGAAUAACACAGAUCCAAAUCUUACAACCAUAAAUCACUUUAAUAUUCAUACUACAUUUAACAAAUUGCACAACAAUAUUUCUAAUAAUGCUAAACUUGAAUGUAAUUAUAACAAUCUUUGUGAAGAAAUUAAAACGUUGAGCCUCAACACAUGCGCAGGACAAAUACUGGAUCAAGGAAAUUUGUAUAGUAAUGGGGUUAGUGCAUAUCCAAAUACGUAUCCAUCUGAUUCACAGUCAUAUAUAUUACGUCCAACCGAUGAUACUUGCUGUGUAAGUGGAAAUACUACUAUGCCUUUGUGCAAUGAUUUAUUAACAACAACAAAUGAGACGAAUUCAAGUAAGCAAACUACUAACUGGUCAGAAAAUUUGUCGGCAUCUGGAUGUACGUCGGAUUUAUUUGGAAAUUAUCAACGAAUUCAAAAUUGCACAAACCCAGACCUUAAUUUUAACAUGGCUCUAACAUUGGCAUUAGAUUCUCCUGAUCCAAUUACUCUUAAUGAAAUAGAGUACCAUAAUAAUAUUGGACAAAAUGGAACUACUAACACAUACAAUAAUCCUACACCUUCUAUGCAUGAAUUAUAUAGUAUGACUGCCAAUAAUCAAAGUUACAGACCAAGUUCGGCAAUGACUGAUUUAAGUAUUGACUCUGGGUUUCUUUCAAAUUCUCCGUUACAACAUUUUUCUCCAGCCGAUACAAAUUUGCAUAAUUGUUUUGGGAAUAAUAUACAGCGCAGUAAUGUCAGUGAUUAUAAAGAUUUACACGAUUCAAGUAGAUUAAGUAUGGCAAAUAUCUCUAUACCAAAUGAACAACUUCAAUUUUUGCAACAACAAGCUCGUAGCUACAAAUUGAAUCAAGCUGUGGACCAAGAAUACAAGCAGUUAAUCGACUAUUAUCCAGGAGUAAGUGACUUCACCGCAUCAUCGAUCAAUGGUUUGGACACAAACGAAAAUUGUCUUUCGAAUAAUGAUUAUAGAAUCGAUAAUAAUCUAUUAAAAAUUAUCAGUCCAAAAUCAAAGACUAUUGAGACUAAGACGUAUUCGCCAAUUGGAUUUCCAAAAAAUCUAAGUUCGCGACAUACGCAUCAGUCAAUUGCAAAAUAUGGAUAUCAUAAUUAUCAACAAUACACUGCCAAUAACGGCGAGACUUUAAAAAUGUUACCACAGAGUUCCACAACGUAUCAUGACUUGAAGCAGCCUAAUAAUACUAAUACAUAUAAAAUGGAAGGAUUUGAUCUUACCAAAGAAAUAGCUUUUCCUUCUAUGAGUCAUUUGACCAAUCAAAUCGCAGGGUCUUCAAUGAACAAGGAUACUUUCAACUAUCUUAUGAAACAACGUCAUCACAUGCCAAGAAUACAGAAUAGCCAUGGUAUACCAUCAGCUGAUGUCCUUUUCAAUUCAGGAAUAGUACCAAAUCCAAGUACAGUAAGAUCUGGAGUAUUCCCGCCAGUAAUGCCAGUUCCUGUACCACUUCCAGUUCCACGUUUAUUUUCUGUACUUUACGGCGGAGGUUUAGGUCUUAGAAAUGGAAGUGGAGCAGCUAGACGUACAGCUCCUUCAAGUAUAUUACACUUUAGAUUGGAGCAAACUUAUGAGCAGUUCAAGCAAUUAGAAAAGGAACGAAAGAAAUGUGAAGCUGGAUUAGCUGCUCAUUUCCCUGGUAAAAGAGUAACAAGUGCAAACAACAUACCCAUUCCUCGUCUUCAAGGGAAUCCAUCGCGUGUAGAUCGCUUGAUCAUCGAUUAUUUGCGAGAACAUGCACGCGUCAUUACUUUAAUUGCAAAGAUGGAACGUUUACGGGGGACCACAAUGAAUCAACGUGUACACAAAGCUAUGGAGUAUUGGUUGGAAGCAAUAAAAUUUGUCCAAGAAUGCCGUAAACGAGAAAUUGCAAAUGCUACCAAAAGGCAGAAAGAAAAUCCACCAUGCAUUCUUGUAUACAACGAUAAUGAUAUAUUAACUCUGGCUGCCAGUGUUUAUGAAUUGACGAAGGCGUCUCGAUACGCAAGAACGGAAAAGUGUUCACAGAGAAAGAAUAUCAAUGAAUUUGCUGGUGGUACUGUUGCUAUUGAUUCGUACUGUUGGUUACACAAAGGUGUAUUUUCUUGUGCUGAUAAGUUGUCAAUGGGACAACAGACAAAUGCAUAUAUUCAUUACUCUAUGAAACAUAUACAUAUGCUACUUGCUCAUAAAAUAAAACCAAUUCUUGUAUUUGAUGGACGAUAUUUGCCAGCUAAAGCGCAAACUGAAGCCAAACGACGAGAAGCUCGAGAGAACAACCGCCGCAAAGCUAUAGAACUAAUAAAAAUGGGACAACAUGCAGAGGGUAGAAAUUUAUUAAGAAGAUCUAUAGAUGUUACACAUGAAAUGGCAUUAGAAUUAAUUAAAGAGUGCCAUAAAAUGAAUAUUGAUUGUAUUGUAGCACCAUAUGAAGCAGAUGCACAAUUGGCAUAUCUUAAUAUAAGUGGAAUUGCUGAUGUUAUUAUCACUGAAGAUAGUGAUUUAAUAUUGUUUGGUUGUAAAAAGGUUUUUUUCAAAAUGGAUGUAAAUGGCAGUGGGAUUCUUGUUGAUCAAGAUCGAUUACAUGUUGCAAUGGAUGUCAGUUCCGAACACUUUAGCAUGGAUCAAUUUCGCUAUAUGUGCAUUUUAUCAGGCUGUGAUUAUUUACCAUCUCUUCCUGGUAUUGGAUUGGGUAAAGCAAGGAAAUUUAUUAGGAUUAAUACAGACUCUAAUAUACAUAGAGCUUUGACUAGAUUAGGAUCCUAUUUGAAUAUGAAGUCCGUGGUUGUAACGCAAGAAUACAGAGAUGCAUUUAUAUUAGCAGAUAUUACAUUUAAACACCAGUUAGUAUUUUGUCCUCUAAGACGAAAACAAGUUCGCUUAAAUCCGCCUAUGCCUGAUGUGACAGAGGAACAAUUACAUUAUGCUGGUGUGGAGACAAAUCCUGAUAUUGCAUUACAACUUGCUUAUGGAAAUUGUGAUCCCUUUACUUUAAAAAUGCUUCAUAAUUUUGAUCCUGAUAAAACGACGAAUCUAAAGAAUAAGUUUAAUAAUUCAUGGAAGCAAAGCAUGACGUCACAUUCGAAACAUAUUAGCAUUUGGUCAAAACUAUAUAAAUUAUCACAAAAUCAGAUGCAAGAAUCUGACAAAAACAAAGAACUUACAACUUGGCCUAAUACUGUCGGUAAAAAAGCAAUUCUUAAUACAAAUCGGCUGAAGCAAGCUUGUUUGGUAACACAGGACGAUAAUUCUGAUUAUAAAGAGUUAAAUCAGAAAGAAAUUUUAGAUAUAUAUGGUGAUAAAGAUGCAGAAGAUAAUAAAAAUAAUUUAGAAGUUGAUGUUUCUAUUCCUAGCGAGGAAGAAAUAUCUCCUAUUUUGACUAGAACAAAUGUGUUUGCAAAAUCAUCAUCUAAUAAAACUUCUCCAAGUUUAUUGUUCAAACAUAAAAGUCGAACAAAGGGACGAAAUAUAAUGCGUGUUAGAAGAACAAUUAUAGAUGAAGAAAUUAUUACAGAAAGCAAAUUUUUUGCUAAACCAACUAAUGAAGUGGAGAGUAACAUUGUAACAGAUGAUAAUGUACUAUGUCCAACUAAUAAUUCAAAUAGAAUGUCGUUUGAAAAAGAAAAUAUAAAUAUAUCAGAUAAAAUUAAAGAAGCACAUGACAUUAAGUUGCAAACUUUAAUGAUAACUGACGAAGUGAAAACUGAUACAUACAUGGAUAUAGAUGAAGAAGAUAACGCAUCAUAUGAAUGCACAAAUACUAAGUGUUCAAAUAAUUCUUUCAACUGUAAUUCAAAUACAUCAUGUUUGAAUUUACCGAUGAAUGAACCAAUCACACCUAAAAAUAGUAUAAGCGAAUCAUGUAAUUUAAACAAUUCAUUAACAACAGUAUUAGAACACGAUACAGAUUCUGAUUUUCUAAUUUACCAAGGCGAUAUAAAUGAUUCCAAUAAUAGUUUAUUUAAGUAUUCUAAUAUAAAACAGCCUAUGCAAACAGAUAAAAAAGUAAAAUGUGAUAGAAGAAAAAGCACCUCGAAUUCUCGUUCGACUGUAAAUACCACACGCCGUAGUCAACAAUUUGGUCCAAUCCAAAGACAGCAAAAGUUGCUAAGUAUGUUUGGAUUUGAAAAAAAAAAAUUAGCAUGAAAAAGGAGUGAUGAUUAACUAUUUAAAGUAUGCAAGCUGUGCUGCACUUGUUGCGUACAAUAGUGAUAUCAAAUAA